AGUAAUGUGGAGAUUUAUACCUGGAACUGAGUGUAAUGUAGAGUAUAUAACAGUAAUGUGCAGUUCCAUUCAUUCAUUAUUGUUACAUAUUUCUUUGAUCUCUCGAUAUUGUUUUUUCUGUAUAUUCCCCAAUUAACAGUGCUCCAAAGGAUAAAAUGGUGAACAUAAAUCACCUCGAGUCCAUUUUUAAGGAUGUGGAGCACAAAAUAAACUCUCUGGUGAAGAAAGAGCUGAAGAGGUUCAAGAAGCUGCUGAGUGCAGAUUACCCAGCAUGCUCUGAGAGAGAGGUGGAGGAUGAGGAGGAUCAGAGCAGUUCCAGAGAGGGGGUGCUGAAGAUCACACUGAACAUGCUGAGGAACAUGAAGCAGACAGACCUCGCUAACAUACUACAGAGCAAGAUGGUCUCUGCAUAUCAGAAAAAACUGAAAGCAAAACUCACAGAGAAAUUCAACAGAAUUAAUGAAGGAAUCUCACAGCAUGAAACACCAACUCUUCUGAAUGAGAUCUACACAGAGCUCUACAUCACAGAGGGAGAGAGUGGAGAGAUCAAUAAUGAACACGAGGUCAGACAGAUUGAGGCAGCAUCCAGGAGACCAGCAACAGAGGAGAAACCCAUAAAAUACAAUGACCUCUUUAAGGACAGACCCAUCAGAACUGUGCUGACUAAAGGAGUUGCUGGAAUUGGAAAAACAGUCUCUGUGCAGAAGUUCAUUCUGGACUGGGCUGAAGGAAAAGCAAAUCAGGACGUCCUCUUCAUAUUUCCACUUCCUUUGAGGGAGCUCAAUUUAAUGAAGGAGAAAAUACUCAGUCUGAUGGAGCUUCUUCAUCAAUUUUUCCCUGAAAUAAAAGAAUUAAGAUCCAUAGACUGUGAUGCCCACAGAGUGAUGUUCAUCUUUGAUGGUCUGGAUGAGUGUCGACUUCCUCUAGAUUUCCAGAACAAUGAGAGCUUGUGGGAUGUAACAGAUUCAGCCUCAGUGGAUGUCCUACUGACAAACCUCAUCAAGGGGAAUCUGCUUCCCUCUGCUCUUCUCUGGAUAACCUCUCGACCAGCAGCAGCCCAUCAGAUCCCUCCUGAGUGUGUUGACCUGGUAACAGAGAUACGAGGGUUUAGUGACCCUCAGAAAGAGGAGUACUUCAGGAAGAGAAUCAGUGACCAGAGCCUGGCCAUUAAAAUCAUCUCACACAUUAAGUCCUCAAGAAGCCUCUACAUCAUGUGCCACAUCCCAGUCUUCUGUUGGAUUGCAGCCACUGUUCUAGAGAGAGUGUUGGGUGAAGCAGAGAGUGGAGAGAUCCCUAAAACUCUGACUCAAAUGUUCUCACACUUCCUGAUCUUUCAGAUCAAACACAAGGACCAAAAGUACCAUGGGAAAUGUGACACUGAUCUUCAGCAAACUAGAGAGUGUGUUCUGGUACUGGGAAAACUGGCUUUUCAACAGCUGGAAAAGGGCAAUCUGAUCUUCUAUGAGGAAGACCUGAGAGAGUAUGGCAUUGAUGUCAGAGAAGUGUCAGUGUGCUCAGGAGUUUGUACUCAGAUCUUCAGGGCAGAGUUUAAGCUGCACCUGGGGAAGGUGUUCAGCUUUGUGCACCUGAGUUUUCAGGAGUUUCUGGCUGCUUUAUAUGCAUUUCUCUCCUUUAACAGCAGAGAUGGAACAAAACAGUUGACCACUGAUCUCUCUGGUAUUUUCAGAAAGUCCAAAUUAUCAAACUUCCUCAAGUCUACAGUCGACAAGGCCUUACAGAGUGAGAAUGGACACCUGGAUCUUUUCCUCCGCUUCCUACUGGGCCUCUCACUGGAGUCCAAUCAGACUCUCUUACGAGGCCUACUGACACAGACAGGAAGCAGCUCUCACAGCAAAGAGGAAAUAGUCCAGUACAUCAAGGAGAAGAUCAGGGAGAAUCCCUCUCCAGAGAAAUCCAUCAAUCUGUUCCACUGCCUGAAUGAACUCAACGAUCAUUCUCUAGAACAAGAAGUCCAAACAUAUGUGAACAGUAAAUAUUACAGUCAUCUCAGAGCCAAGCUCUCUCCUGCCCAGUGGUCAGCUUUGGUGUUUGUGUUGCUGAAUUCAGAAGAGCAGCUGGAUGAGUUUGACCUGGAUGAUUAUGACCCAUCAGAGGAAUGUCUUUUGAGGCUGCUGCCAGUGAUCAAAGCAUCCAGAAGAGCUAAGCUCUGUAACUUUAAUCUCACAGACAAAAGCUGUGCAGCUCUUGCCUCAGCUCUCAGCUCAAACUCCUCAAGCUUAAGAGAACUGAAACUGAGUAACAAUAGCCUGCAGGAUUCAGGAGUGGAGCUGCUCUCUGCUGGACUGAAGAAUCCACACUGUAAACUGGAGACACUGGAGUUGUGUAUCUGCAGUAUUACACAUAAAGGAUUUGGUGCUCUGGCUACAGCUCUAAAAUCAAACCCCUCCUCUCACCUGAGAGAACUGAACCUGAACUCCAAUAAACCAGGAAAGCCAGGAGUGAAGCUGCUCUCUGAAGUACUGGAGGAUCCACACUGUAAACUGGAGAAACUACACAUCAGAACACCUUACAGCUGGUCUGCUUUUACACACAGAGAGUUAUAUGGAGAGGAUGAAGUCUUAGUACAAACACACACUCGCUCAGUAUAUGAUUCUAUAUGGUACCGUGUGUGUGUGUCCGGGUUAUUAUGGGUCAAAUCUGUGAACACGGCUGCAACGCUAGGCUGUGUCAUCUCACCAUAACAUCACUUCCUGUACACCAGUGACUCCAGUGGCCCAUCCAUCAAACCCCUCAUGCUAGUGGACGACCCCACAUUGGUGAUCAGAGUGUGUUCAGGAGGCACCGGGCAUAAUGGCAAAAAUAUGAGCUUGACAGUUAGAGGUUCAUAAAUAUUAUAUUGAUAUUGUUAUGCUGUUCUGUUGGAUGAACUUAAUGAGCUGAAUGGAACCAGUGCCACUGGGCUGAGGUGCAAGAGUUCAUCUUUAUAUCAGUGAACUGAUCCCAGUCUACAUCACAACAGCUCUAACUCUGGAACUCUCACCCACUCUCUACACACACAUUGUGUCUCAAUUACAUAUCAUUCACAUAUGGAAGAUAGAGCUGUGGGUGCCCCUCCCCCACCUUUCUUUCUAUUUAUGCAUUUAACUCUAUUAACCGAUAUAUUAUUGUGUUUAGUUAUUUCAUUGUUACCGUUUGAGGUUUUUUGUUGUCUUAGUUAAGCUUCUCUGUGUGAUGUAGUGUGUUUAUGCAGAUGUGUCAAUAUUUCUGUUUCAACAAUCACUGUUAUUGAUUUCCUUCAUUAUUUUCAUUUUUUUUUCUGCUUAUGUAAAGAUAAGUUCCACCCCUUUACUGAUUUUCUCUGUUAAUCGUACUGAUUAGUCCUAUUUAGUGCUGAUAUGAUGGAGAAGUUUCUUAUCCUUCUUAUUUAUUUAAAAAAUAAAUUAAUUUGUUUUAAAGUAAUGUUAAACACUUCACAAUAGCAUACUUUGCUUUCAUAGACUGACAGGUGCUUAAUAAGGAAAAUGAUUAGAUGUAAAUAAACAGAAAAAACUCUGCAAUACUGGAACGUCAUUAACUUCACUUUUCAUAAACACAGAUCUGUUUUUGUUUCAGCUCAAACAGCACAGUAAAAAAGAAAAAA